AACACGUGUGUGUACGUGUUCACCUAUAAGACCACGCCCAUUAACAACAUGCCUACCCUUUUGUUGUUAGACAGAUCUCUCUCUAUGAAGCGUCCAGCGUCCACUGAGCUCCCUCUGUCUCGGCUAUCAUUAGCCAAAGAAGGUAUCAAUACUCUCCUAUCUUACUUGGAGGCGGUUUUUCCCUCGGAACAUGUUGGACUCAUCACUUUCUCCUCCAGCCCUCAACUCGUUUGCCCCUUCACACGUGACCUCUCUGAAAUACGUGAAGCACUUGACUCGGUCUCAGUCGAGGAUCGUACCGACUUUCCUGGAGCCGUCCAGUUCCUCACGGAGUUGAUCCCCAAGGAAUGGGGCGUGUUCAUUCCUAUACAGGUCGUACUCGUUAGCGACGGGUUGCUAGGGGGAGGGGCUAGCAUCCCGACCGAUUCCCCGUACUGUUUCCCUUUCCCGUGUCAGUUUAAUGUAUUAUUUAUAGCGACUGAAGAUGAAUUCAAUCAAAUUGAUGGAACUGUAUUGGAAUCGUUUGCACGCAGCAUUGACGUAUCACCGUCUAGCAUAAUCGUAUCAAAAGGCUCUAAACUAACUUCUGAGACUGUAACAGAGUCUUUCCUUUCCUUGGCUAAAGCGGUUUUUUUUCCUUACGACGGGAUUUUAAAAUGUGGUCACCUGGAGUGUCACUUUACCCUCUCUCCCUCUCCUCGCAUGGUUCAUACUGCUUCUCCAAUAUCCACUGAUGUGAGGCACAGGUUUAGCAAUCCUUAUAGUGUCACCGAGUUUCCGUCCGAGAUAAAGAUAUGUGGUUUUGUCGACUUGGGCGUGGUCUCGGCUCCAGCCGUCUACAGCAAACAUUUCCUGGUUGAUAACGAGUUUUCGAAACAAGACAAACUUGAGCAAUUCAUGAAGAAACUGAUGGUCAAAAAGGGAAAGGAGAAAGAGGAGGAGGAAGAGGAAGAGGAAGAGAAUAUGAGUGCUAAGCCAUCAUUCAGAGUAUUGCUGCAUGGGAGCCUUAAAUGUGAAGCUAAAGUAGCCAUUGUGCAGUUAAGUGAAAAUUGGUUUGCCCUAUUGUCCUCGGCCUCUGCCUCAUCAAAGAAGUCAAACCUCAUCCUAACUGUCUUAUUUCCUGGUGACAACAUACCAUGGUUCGGCCAGAUGUCCUACCUUGGUUCCAAGGUUCAUUCUGGGUCGGAUCCUCGUCUCUCGGAAUCCGCCAGUAGCAAAAGUGAUUUCCCUGUCUCCAUUCCUCAUUUCAUGAGCUAUCAAGCUCCUUCUAAUCUCUUCUGGGCUAAGGAGCCUGGACUUCAGACUGAUUUUGCUAAGCUUGUACGAUACAGUCACAAACUACCUGAAAAGGAGGCCUCGCUGAUCAAGGAAUUGAACAAACUCCGUCAAGUGGUGCUUACCUACAGUUUGCCUCAUCUUAGUAAUGCUAUGUGCAGUGUACUAGCUCAAGAAGAGACCAACACUACCAACCAUCAAGCUAAAGCCAUCCUUCAAUACUGCAUACAGUUUCUCAGUACAAAUCAAAACCCACACGACAAGCUCUCGCCAAUGGCUAAAUAAGAAAUUUUUAAACUUUAAAGUUAAGAGUUGUUUUAGCUAUAGUUUGAUGUGAAGUCGGUUCAUUUUUUUCAUUCUCUUUUCAUGACUUCCACUUUGAUCCCACAA